CCGGGGGUCCCCGGUUGCCCCCUGGGCAAGCGUGGCCUCCGAGGGCAUGAGGUCCGGGCCCAGCGCUUUCGGUUCUUGGAGGAGCCUGGCCUGGGGGCCGAGGGGGCCGUACUGGAGGUCAGCGUCCCGCAGAGAGAGACAAAGCGAGAGAGGGAAUACAAGCAGGUGGAAUAGGAGAGGGAGAAGCAGGCUUCCCGCGGAGCAGGGAGCCCGAUGCGGGGCUCGAUCCCAGGACCCUGGGAUCAUGACCUGAGCCGAAGGCAGACGCUUAACGACGGAGCCACCCAGGUGUCCCGGAAAGGUGGCAUUUUUAACACCAAAUAUUUUCUUUGAUUUUGAAGGGCUGCUUAAUUCAGCUUCAUCCAGGACCGGGGAUUCCACUCUCCCUUUUCAAAUAAAGUUUCUUGGGUUGGCACUCAUUUGUUCUUUCCAGCUCACGGCUGUCCCCAAACUCUCACAAAUAAUAGAAGUAAUACGUUAUGCGUCCGGUUUUUCAAAGCACUUGGACGUUGCAGCGUUUCGAUUUUAACAGCAGUCUGUGAGGUGCUGCAUCUGCAGUAUGGAAUGUAUGUUUGGCCCUGUGCGGUGGUCCUGGCUCAGUACCUGUGGUUUCACAGAAGAUCUCUGCCGGGCAAGGCUGUCUUAGAGAUUGGAGCUGGAGUGAGCCUUCCAGGAAUUACGGCUGCAAAAUGCGGUGCUGAAGUGAUCUUGUCGGACAGUUCAGAGCUGCCUUACUGUCUAGAAAUCUGUCGGAAAAGCUGUGAAAUGAAUAACCUGCCACAGGUGCGUGUCGUAGGACUGACAUGGGGACAUGUAUCUCAGGAUCUUCUGGCUCUACCACCACAAGAUAUUAUUCUUGCAUCUGAUGUGUUCUUUGAACCAGAAGAUUUUGAAGACAUCUUAACUACAGUCUACUUUUUGAUGGAAAAAAACCCCAAAGUCCAAUUGUGGUCCACCUACCAGGUAAGAAGUGCUGACUGGUCACUUGAAGCUUUGCUCUACAAGUGGGAUAUGAAAUGUGUCCACAUUCCUCUGGAGUCUUUUGAUGCAGACAAAGAAGAUAUAGCAGAAUCUGCCCUCCCAGGAAGACAUACUGUUGAAAUGCUGGUCAUCUCCUUUGCAAAGGACAGUCUCUGAAUUACACCUACAUACAGGUUCUUCUGGGACAAUGUCAAUACUAAUUAGCAACCUGGCAUGCCAACUAAGACUCAGACCACUUCAGCUUCUUGGGAGUACAAGCACUGAAUCUGAAGAUGGUCUGAUCUGUUGGCCUUAAAGAUGGUGGUGGGUCACCUAAACACUCAUGGGUUACAAAGCCAUGAAAACAAAAAUUAACAGACCUGUAAAAAAAGGGACUUGGAUUGUUCUUUAGAAAAAAAAUAAAAAACGGCAUAAAUUAAGCU